GAUAAAACAUUCAUUUACAGAUCGACACACUUGGUUCUCACACCCAGGUUUCCAUUUCACAGUUAAUAGACACAGGGAGGAUUGGCUGCAUUUCUCAUGACAGCUUAACAGUAAACAGGGACAGCAUAUUCCCGUAAUUCAAAGUGCAUACGUGUAAGUCCCAAAGGUGAAAGAAAAAGUUAGUGUUUAUUCCAGAUUUGCCCCGUACGUCAUCUGUAGAUCAUGAGAAACACACCGAUUGGCAGAUACACACUCACACUGACAAGUUAUGGGGAGGUGACAAGAUUAACAUCUAAAGUCUUGUUUGUUGAACGUAUUCCAUUAUAUUUGACACUCAUCAUCUGCCACCAGUUCAAGUGUUAGCACUAUUCAAAGUGACAGGAGUAAUCGGAGCAGUGAUGGCAGCAACAGCCUCAUAUGGACGCAGAGGGACAGGUGGUCUCAGCAUGACCAAAGCUCUGUUCCUGAUAUUCUCUCUGCUUACUCUGGGCUGCCCUGGGAGCUCUCUGAUAGACGAUGAUCAGCUGGAAGAGCUUCAGAAAAACAUCAAGAAGCUACAAAAGGAAGUAGCAAGUAGAAGGGCUGACAUUAUGGUAGACAGCAUCUUCAUUUCAGAUGUAAUGGAGGAAGUUGUACACUUAAUGGACCUUUUAACCGAAGUGGUCAAAAGAACAUUGCCGGAUGUCCCACCAAUGCUGACAUUUAUGGGGAACCUGAAGGCUUUUUUGGAAGAAUGUAAGGUUUAUAUAAUUAAGGACAUUUUUAAAAAGGCUGGAAAACUCGAUGACCAUGAAAAAAAACUUCAACAUCUGGAGAAGCUGAUAUCAAACCUGGCAGAACAGAAAGCUCAUUUGUAAUUAUCUUGUUGGUGAUAUUGUCUCUGAAAUUACUCUGAAAUUGAAAAUAAAGCUCUUCUUUCUCCAUAAAAA